CUGGUGGGUAUAAAUUAAGGAAGGUUAACGAGUACUUCAUUUUAUAACCGGUAAGAAUGAGGAUUCUGUAUAUAUUUGCUAUAUUCGCCACUUUCCUGGACCUAAGUUUAGGAGAUGGCGACGACGAAAACGUCGACUACCAAAUAACCGACAAGACCUACCCGGAGGGGUUCGUCUUCGGCGUAGCAACAGCCUCGUACCAAAUCGAAGGCGGUUGGAAUGAAGACGGCAAAGGCGAGCAGAUCUGGGACACGUGGAUCCACAACAACCCCGGAAUAGUUGCUGAUGGUUCCACAGGCGACGUAGCAUCCGAUUCCUACCACAAAUACAAGGAAGACGUGGCUUGCAUGAAAGAAGUAGGCGUACAAUACUACCGCCUAUCGAUCAGCUGGGCCAGGAUCCUACCAACUGGCCGUAUCGACAAGGUCAACCAAGCUGGAGUCAACUAUUAUCUAAAUGUAUUGAAGGAACUGAAAGCUAAUGGCAUCGAGGCCAUGGUGACGCUGUACCAUUGGGACUUGCCCACUGCACUCCAAGACAUUGGGGGCUGGACUAAUCCUGAAAUUGUGGAAGUUUUUGCUGAUUUCGCGCGGCUGUCGUACGGAUUGUUCGGCGAUUACGUCCAAACGUGGGUGACCAUCAACGAGCCCAAGCAGAUUUGCCACGGAGGGUACGCCAAUGCUGGGUAUGCUCCGGGUAUAGAUUCCAAAGGUGUUGGAGAGUACUCGUGCGCUAGGAACAUUCUUCUGGCCCACGCCCGAGGGUGGCACAUCUAUGACCAGGAAUUCAGGUCCAAGCAAAACGGUAGGAUCACCAUCGUUAUCGAUUCGGAUUGGUACGAACCAACAAACUACACACCGGAAGAUGAACAAGCCGCUGAAACCAAAAGACAGUUUGUUUUCGGAAUGUAUGCCAACCCAGUUUUCAUCGGCAACUGGCCCCAAGUGAUGAUCGACAGAGUGGCAGACCGUAGCGCUAAAGAAGGGUUCAAUUCAUCGCGAUUGCCAGCGUUCAGCGACGAGGAAAUUUCUCUUAUUAAGGGUACCUACGACUUCUUAGCGCUCAACCAUUACACUACCUACAUGGUGGGGGCUGCUGACGAGCCAGCCAUAGGAAGCCCUAGCUGGGAGUUGGACGCCGGGGGUAACGUAUACCAGAAAGACACCUGGGAACAAGCCGCCAUCGGAUGGUUCAGAGUUGUCCCGUGGGGCUUUGGAAAACUUUUGAAAUGGAUCAAAGCCACCUAUGGAGACCUUGAGAUCGUUAUAACAGAAAAUGGAGUGUCCGAUAGGACAGGGACCUUGGAGGACGACCACAGAAUCAACUAUAUUAGGUCAUAUAUGAGUCACAUGUUGGAUGCCAUGUACGAAGACAAUAUUAAGAUAACUGGGUAUACAUUGUGGAGCAUUAUCGACAAUUUUGAGUGGACACAAGGUUUCAAUGCUAAAUUGGGCAUUUAUUACAUAAAUAUGACGGAUCCUGAAAGGCCUAGGGUCGCCAAGAAAUCUUCCAAAUAUUACGCUAAAGUGAUUGAGACUGGUUGCUUAUUAGAUUCUUGUGCAUAAGUUUUACGAAUAAAGUUGUUAUGGAAUACAAAG